AUGUUAUCCGGCCCCAACAAAAUUGUGCCCGCAGCGCCAGCGGCCAACGCUCCAAAGUCACAGAUCGCGAUGGCCCCGCCGCCCGUUCCCACUCUCCAAAAACGUUAUAUCAUUGGCUUCGAGCAGGCAGGCUUUCCGGACUGGACAGAGAUGGAAUUCGCGAGUCCCAUUCCCCGCUUCACGGCCUGCCUGGUAUGCGGCUCGAUCGCGUCAGAGAUGCUCUGGUCCCGAUGCUGGCACGUCUUCUGUCCGCUCUGCGCGGCCCUGUUGACUCGCGACGACGAAUCGCUGCCGUGUCCCUUCGACGGCGUUCAGACAAAUGCCGCUGCUCUGCAUCGGGACAAAAUCGCCAUUGAGGUCUUGCUCGCGUUCAGGGUAUUCUGCCCGAACCGAUCUCUUGGAUGCGAUCACAUAGGCCCCAUGGAAAAACUCCGAGACCACAUGCGACUGUGCGGUUUCUACGACAUACGGUGCCAAAUCUGCGGCACCUGGUUGAAGCGGUUCCAGCUCCGAGAACACGCCACUCAAGGUUGCGCUCUUCCCGAAGACACACUCGUCGGCCGACGCAUUCAUGAAGUCGUAAACGGCCACCUCUACCCCGACAUAGAGAAGAUGGUGGCCGUCGAGGAGGCCGCUGUGACGGCACGAGAAGCCGGCGAAAGGCCCUCGAAACUGUCGGUGAUCUUCAACGGGAACAGCCAGGAAUACGACGUGCUCAGCAUGAUUUCGGCCAUGAAGGAAAUGUGCCGGGAGUACGAAGGCUUCAAGAACGCCUUCAAUGGCGUCCGCGAGACCGUGGACAUCCACGUCGAGCAAAUGCGCGCGGACGUCGAGGCCCUGGAAGUGAAGCUCCAGACCGAGCAACGUCACUGGAGGGACGACCUUCUCUCGGACGUACGCUUCGUCAGGGACGUCCUCGGAACGCGGAGCUUCGACUGGCAGAUCUCGCCCUACUCCAAACUCAAGCGGCCCGCCAUUAGAAAGAAGCUUCUUCUCAAGAGUGAGGGUUUCUACAUUGGGUACCAGGGGUACCACGUGGCGCUCUCCGGGAGCUUCCUAAAGAACCCGACCGAUGGCAAAAUUUACGUGAAUGUGUUCGUGCACCUGCUGAAGGGCAUCUUCGAUUCUGUGCUCAGCUGGCCGUACCGCAAGCUGACUAGCGUGAAGUUGCUGAAUCAGACCGACGACGGCGUGGACAAGGUGGUGACCUUCGACCCCUGCGAAGCGUGCGAGGACGAAAAGGACAGCUUCCAGCGGCCCAAGGGCCCGAGGAAUGUGGGCUACGGGUUCCGCUUAGCGCCCCUUGAAGAGCUUGAGCACCCCGCAAACGGGUUCCUCAGAAGCGAUUCUUUCGUUGUACAGCUCACCGUCGGAUUUCCCUAG